GCUGCAAUCGGCCUGAGGAAGCACUACGAAAUACAGAUAUUGCAGCAUAUUUUGGGCUUUCACUCGUGAAGGAGGAGGAUGAAGCAAGGCGCUGGUGUGUGUUUAAAGGGAGAAAACUGCUGCACACAGCCCCAAACUGUAGCUGGAAACAUGAUUUGCCUCAAACUCAGACAAGGAUUAUGAGGACCUUCUUUUUACCUGCAACGAAAGGAACAAAAGAAGACUUUAAGAGGAGAAUGCUCAGCUUCAGGCUUGCCUACAUUUUCUCAUAUAACCUCUUCCAGUUUUGUGGUCAUACAUGGAUACUGGCCAACACCAUCGCCAGGUUUUUAACAUUUGGUCAAGAUGCUUUAGCAGAUACAUUUUACUCCGUUGGGUUUGUGAUGAGUCUCUGCCAGCUGCUCUCUAUCCUGGAGCUUUUUCAUAUCGCAGAUGGGAUUGAGAAAGCCAGACUCCUUCCUCGUUUAUUCCAAGUUAUGGAGAAGAACCUCCUGUUGAUCAUGGUCAUCAAGCUGGAGGAUAUUCAGAGUAAACCAGUUGUGUGUGUGCAGUUCUUCCUGUGGAACAUUCAAGACCUCUUAAGGUACCCUCAUGAGCUGUUGUGUGUGAUGGAAAAACCCUCCAUCGCUAUGCUGUGGAUUCGGUACACACUCUGGAUCCCCUUAUACAUCCUGUCAGUCGCCACUGAAGGUGUCACUAUUUACGAAGCCCUGCAUUACAUCGAGCAAACAGCCUCCAACCCUUCAACAGUGUCUCCGUAUGUUCACUUCCCUUUGGUGCUGAUGCUCUACCUGCCCGUUCUUGCUCUUGGAGCCUCUCUAACAGUCUGGCAGCUGUUGAAGGAGAGACAACACCACCUGGAGAAAUGGAACAAGAAGAUGAAGAGGAAAUGAAGCAUUUAGUCAA